AUGGCCACAGCUGUCGAAAAUUUGCUCAUAGACGAUUCUGAUAUAUUAAAUCUUUCAAGAAUCGUUUUUUCUCUAUUGGCUCUGGUUAUCCUAGUUACCCAAUUACCUUCUAAUGAUGGCGCGAAAAUACUCGCUGUGUACGCAUUCCCAGCCAGAAGUCACUUCAUGAUGCAUCGUGCGCUGAUUAGCGAGUUAGUUAAACAUGGCCAUCAGGUCACCAUGAUAACCGCAUUUACGCUAGAACCACAUAAAUUGGGCAGCAACUACACGGAGAUACUUAUUGAACCAGUAUAUGAUUACUGGAAAGAUGUACAAGCAGGAGUAAGCGCGAUCUUUGAUACAAAAAAUGAACCAUCAAAUGCAGUGGCAACCUUAAAAAUGUUUGGCGUAACUACCACAGAACAUGCGCUCAAACAGCGCAAAGUGCAAGAUAUCAUCAAUGCCAAACAAACCGAAGGUGUAUAUGAUUUAUUAUUGGUAGAACUAUUCCAACAAGAAGCAUUUCUCGCAUUGGCCCACAUCUACAAUAUACCAGUAAUGAGCUCUGCAACAUUUGCCCAACAAUUGUAUAUGAGUCAGAUGUUUGGUAUUAUAACACCUUGGUCAUAUGUGCCUCUUGGUGUACUAGGAUUAACCGAUCAUAUGACUUUCUGGGAACGUGUAGAAAAUACCUAUCAUUCAUUGUAUCAUGACCUCUAUCGAGAAUUUAAAACCUUUCCAGAAAUGGAUGAGCUGGUGAAGAAAUACUUUGGACAUCUACGGAUUAAGUUCCCAAGUGUCUCGGCAAUGGAUAAGAAUCUUUCCGCUAUAUUAAUUAAUAACUAUACACCAUUAUCAUCCGCCGGUCCCACAAUAGAUAGCAUGAUCAAUGUCGGUGGCAUACAUAUUUAUCCACCAAAGCCACUUUCCACUGAUCUAAAGAAAUUUUUGGAUGAGGCAGAAAAUGGUGCAAUUUACUUCAGUUUGGGCACUCAAGUUCAGAGUAAGGAUAUGCCUCCAGAAAAGCUACAAAUUUUCCUUGACGUAUUCCGUCAACUGAAACAAGGCGUCUUAUGGAAAUUCGAAAAUGAUAGCAUUGCAAAUUUACCAAAAAAUGUUAUGAUAAAAAAAUGGAUGCCUCAAAAUGAUAUCUUAGCACACCCUAAUGUGCGUGUUUUCAUCACUCAUGGUGGGAUGUUUGGCACACAAGAAGCGAUAUAUCAUGCCGUACCAAUACUAGGAAUGCCAUUUUUCUUUGAUCAGUAUCUAAAUUUGAAGAAAGCUGAGCAUGGUGGAUACGCCAUUACGUUGGAUUUCAACACGCUUACACGCGAUGAUUUGAAAAAUGGUCUGCAGCAGUUGGUCUACAACUCCACCUAUCGUGACACUUCCAAACGGGUCUCGCGAAUUUUCCAUGAUCGCCCGAUGGGCCCACGGGAGACGGCACUCUACUGGAUCGAUUAUGUGAUACGUCACAAAGGCGCACGUCAUUUGCGCGCUGCUGGUUUGGAUUUGAAAUGGUACCAAUUUUAUUUACUGGAUGUUAUCGGUCUGGCUGUCGCUGUCGUAGUUGUAGCGCUCGGAGUUGCUGUUACGUUAGUGCGUUGGAUUUUAAAAACAAUCAAGGGUGGGAGGAUCAAACAAAAAGUGCAAUAAAAACAUAUAAUACAAUAAAUGCAGCCGCGAAAGCUUUUUCAUAAAACAGAAAAAGAUAAAUCGAGCACCCACGCGGAUUUGAUUUGCCAUUUUUUAACAAACGCCAAACGAAAACUACGCAACCGAUCAAAAAAUUGUUUUUACUGAUUGACAGCUGAAUUGCCAACUAUCAAAUAACAAAAUGUGUUUUACAUUUGUACUACGUCUGCAAACCUAAAAGUUCAACUGAAGCCAUCUAUGAGUGAAAUCCGCA